UACUGGCAGUAUUUAGGGAGGUUCUGAAGUAAAGAAGAAGAGUACAACAUACCUGCACUGACUGUGAAAAUUUCAGGAUUAUCCAAAAAAUCCUAGUGUUGUUUCUUCUGAAGAGCUUCCUGAAAGAUAUAUCAGGUACAACUUUAAAUUGUCAUUUUAGGUUUUUAAGUGCCUGGGGCACAGAGGAGCACACACAAGUAACCACCCUAUCCUGGCAUUUCAGGAGAAAUGGUUGAACCUGUGGGUAACCAUUAUGUUAUAGCCAGACCUGUAUACUCGGAGAAUGCAUUCAAUGAAGAGCAUGAGAAAUUGCACAGAUACCAUAAAACCUUUUGGGAUCACCUGAAACUCUCUUUUAGCUGCUCCUCACAAAGGGUCAAAAAAAUUGCUUUGGGUUUGUUUCCAGUUGUUUCCUGGCUGCCAGCGUACCGCUUCAGGGAGUGGAUCCUGAGUGACAUCGUCUCUGGCAUCAACACGGGGCUUGUGGCUGUGCUGCAAGGUCUGGCCUUUGCUUUGCUGGUGAAUGUCCCCCCCAGUUAUGGACUCUAUGCAGCAUUCUUCCCUGUCCUGGUCUAUUUUAUCUUUGGCACAUCAAGACAUAUCUCUGUGGGUCCCUUCCCCGUCCUGAGCCUCAUGGUGGGAGGAGUUGUCACCAGGCUGGUCCCCGAUGACAACACUGGAACUGGCAAUUCCACAAAUACCUCAGCAAUAGAUAAUGAGAGGGUGAUGGUGGCAGCAUCUGUAACCUUCCUUUCUGGGGUUUUUCAGUUGCUUCUGGGAAUUUUCCAGUUUGGAUUCAUUGUUAUUUAUCUAUCACAAUCAUUAAUCAGUGGUUUCACGACUGCUGCAGCUAUCCACGUUUUGGUAUCUCAACUGAAAUUCAUGUUUCAGCUACCUGUCCCUGGAUUUAAUAAACCCUUUGGCAUCAUCUAUACUCUGGAGAGUGUUUUCAGCCAGAUCACAGAAACAAACAUAGCUGACCUGGUCACAUCACUGAUUGUCUUGCUUAUCGUGUUCGUGGUAAAAGAAAUAAACGAUCGAUACAAGGAAAAGUUACCAACUCCUAUCCCAAUUGAACUCCUUGUGACAGUCUUAGCAGCACUGAUUUCCCAUUUUGUCGACUUUGAAAAAAGAUUUAACGUAGCUGUUGUUGGAAAACUAGAGGAAGGAUUUCAAGCACCUGUUGCACCUGAUGUAGGCAUCCUCCAGAAUUGUAUUGCUGAUGGCUUUUCCAUUGCAAUCGUUGGGUUUGCAGUAGCCUUCUCUGUGGCUAAAGUGUAUUCCAUCAAGCAUGACUACCCAAUAGAUGGCAACCAGGAUCUAAUUGCUUUUGGGCUGGGUAAUAUAGUUGGUGGAUCAUUCAAAGGAUUUGCCUCCAGCACUGCUCUGUCCAGAUCAGGUGUGCAGGAGAGCACAGGAGGCAAAACACAGAUUGCUGGCAUUGUCUCAUCUGUCAUUGUUUUGAUUGUGAUCUUAGCCAUUGGGUUUCUCCUGGCACCAUUACAGAAGUCAGUGCUUGCAUCUUUGGCCCUUGGCAAUUUGAAAGGAAUGCUCAUGCAGUUCAAGGAAGUACAUGUCCUCUGGAGAAAGGACAAGUAUGACUGUAUUAUAUGGGUGGUGACUUUCAUAGCUGCUGUCCUCCUUGGCCUGGACAUUGGACUAGCAACAGCUGUGGCAUUCCAGCUGCUGACAGUGGUGAUCCGCUCCCAGUUUCCAAGCUGCACUGUUUUGGCCAAUGUUGGGAGAAGCAACAUCUACAGAAACAGGAAGGAUUACACUGAUAUCUAUGAGCCAGAGGGAGUGAAGAUUUUCAAAUGCUCCUCUCCAAUCUUCUUCGCUAAUAUUGAGUUCUUCAGAGAGAAACUUAUCACUGCUGUUGGCUUCAACCCUCUGAGAGUCCUGAGGAAACGCAAUAAAGCUCUGAGGAAGAUUAGGAAGAUGCUGAAGAAAGGAGAGCUGCAAGUGACACCGAAAGGCUUGAUUUGCACAGCUAGCCCUACAUAUGAGUCAGAUGAAGAGUUAGACAACAACAGGAUAGAGGAGCUGGACCAGCCCACCAUCAUGACAGACUUGCCCAUUCGGAUCAACUGGGCCACUGACCUCCCCCCAGGCAUCACUGCACCCCAGGUCAACAUCCACAGCAUCAUUCUGGAUUUCUCAUCAGUGUCCUUCCUUGAUUUUUCUGCCAUGACAGUCCUCCGAAAGAUUUUAAAAGAAUUUGUCCGGCUCGACAUUGACAUUUACAUUGCUGGGGCAUAUGAAGGCCUUCUGGACAAACUGGAGAGAAGUGCAUUCUUUGAUGAAGAGAUUAAGCCAUCCAUGUUUUUCCUCACCAUUCAUGAUGCGGUUUUACACAUUUUGCUGAAGAAGGACAUAGCCAGCUCCCCCAAAUUAAAGCUUGCUGAGGGGAAGGGUAGGAGCAGCGACUCUGUCGACAUCCCCAGGAACGGACUGCGCAGCCGGGAGUGCACAAUUCCAACAGAAACAAAAUUUUAGACUUAACUUCCGAAGGAUAAUAUCCUCCAGCAACACAACGUCACAGAAGAUGGAUGUGGAUGCCGUGAUGAGCAUGAAGACAGAAGGAUACUUUUAAAUACCUUUAGAAGGAUUUACUACAUAUGGUUAUGUUCCAGGUUUUGGAAAGGGCUUGUUAGCCUUUAUGUGUCUCUGUAUAUAUAAAUGUAUUUAUGUAUAUGUAUAUAUAUGGAGGCUAAAAUCACACAGAUUUUCGUAUUUCAUGCCACAGUUUGUAGACCUGUACAGUUACUUGAGAAUCUAUAAAUAUUUGAAAUCUUGUAUUGGAUACCACAGAAUUAUAGUUAGGACUGAUAUUUUAUCUUUAGCAUGUAUAUAACUUGUAUAAAGUUUUAUUGAUGGUUUGUAAGAUAUUUAAUAGACUGAGUUAAACUUGCUCUCAGCUUACUACCACAAGCAUAAGCACAGUGUACAUAGUGACUAAGGUACCUAAUUAUGAAGAUUGUUCAGGAAAGAGACAGGAUUUUUGGAUCAAAACAUGAUUCAUUGAUUUGUAUUGGGCUUGUGUAAAGUGCACAAAGGAGGAUACAUUUAUAGUGAGCCAUUGUGUACACACAGUGAACCACCAUGGUUUCAGUGACUGUAUAGCUGCAUUUGUCCAUGCACCACCAGGGUAGCUCAUGGUCAGUGAGACCCAGCCUGUGACAGACACUGGCCCCAGAACGUGGCUGGAGGAGCCAGGUGUGUGUGUGGGUGUGGAGCUGCCAGGUGGGCAGGCUGAACUGCCUGGAUCUAUGGACAGAUGGGCAGAGCACUUCAGCUUGAAGAGUCUACUCUGAUACUCUUCUGCACAACCCAGUCUGCACAACAGCCAUCAAUUAACCCCUGCUGGAAGUCUAAGGCUUGAAGAUGAGUUACAUCACAUCUUUCAGAGAAGAGCACCUAAUACCCAAAGUGACAGAAUUUUUAAUUUCACAUAACAAGUGCUAGAGGUAUAAAAAUCUUCAGCCUAGAGGAAAAUGGAACCAUUCCUGGAGUCUGAAAGACACAGCACUCUGAAAUCACAAGACUUUCUAGUUUUCAAAGCCGAGUUUUGGCUUACAGUCAAGCUGGGGUGGCCAGAAAUGUGCAUUUGGACUUAAAGAAGAGCUGAAGGGAAGGAUAAAGUAUUUUGUGUAAACCAGAACUACAAUUUUUAUCUUCAGACUAUGCAGAUGUUAAAAACAAAAGUUUUUUUCAUAUUUUUCUAAUUUUUUUUUUAAUCUGGAGUUAUCUGAUGAACUCUGCUAAUGAACCAAGCUAGAAGUCAGUAUUAAAAUUGAGGAGAUCAUGAAUAUAGAAAGAUUUAGGUGAGCUUGAAGACAGAAGACAAAUUCAGCUUUCAGGAAACACUCCUGCAUUUACAGAUGAAUAACAAGCUGUGGUUCUGUGGUGGGUGAUCACAUGCCUGACCCGGUGUGGGAGAUGUGGCCCUUGGUGGCAUCACAGACAUGCUGCUUCCUGCAGACACCACAAGGAUGGUGAGCAGCUGUACCAACCCACUGCUCUUCUGAGCAUGCCUCAGCACGUGUCGAGUGCCAGAUAAUCAGCACAGCAAUAUCUGAUGACAGCUACAAAUUAGCACACUGCCAAAUUGCCCUUAUAAUGCAGUCUUCCAAAAAAACAGAGUAUAACACAAUAGAUCUUUCCAGAAAAAGAAAGUUCUUUGGUCACCACAAUAUAAGAAAUGUAUUAAACUAUUAGAGUGUCCAAAGGAGGGCAAAGAAGAUGGAGAAGAAGCCAUAUGAGGAGUGGCUGAGGUCACUUGGUCUGUUCAGCCUGGAGGAGACUGAGGAGAGACCUCACUGUUACAACUUCCUCAUGAGGGGAAGAGGAGGGGCAGACACUGAUCUCUGCUCUGUGGUGACAGUGACGGGACCUGAGGGCAUGGCCUGAAGUUGUGUCAGGGAAGGUUGAUGUUGGAUAUUAUGGUGGUCACAGCACCAACCAAACUGAGUUCAAGAAGUGUUUGGACAAUGCUCUGACAAUGCACAUGGGGUCACUUGCAGGGAUGGUGCUGUGCAGGGCCAGGAGUUGAUGAUCCUUAUGGAUCUCUUCCAACUCAGCACAUUCUGUGAUUCUGUGAUAUUGUGCAAUGCACAAGGGAAAUUUCACUCUAAAUACUCUGAACUUCAGGACUGAGCUCUCCAGUUCAAAAUCAAUGUUAAUGACAGAAAUAGUUAUGAGAAUCUUUGUAAAAUGAAGAACUUGUAUCUAAGGACUGACAAAAAGAAAUGUACAGGGAUUUAACCUAGGAGACAGAAAAAGUUAUGCAAGACAAAAAAAUAAUAUUUUCCUGUAAGGGGAAAAAAUGAACUGGCUAAGCUUAAAUGUGAACAAGAUAUUAGAAGAUGCUUCCCCAUUUUUUACAAUGGUGAGAUCCUUUCCAGCUAGAACAAGAGCAAAAAUCUAAACUGCUUUUAAGCUAAGACUUAAACAUGUUCAUGAAAACCAUGAUACCACACCAUACCAGUCUAAUCUGAACUGUCAGACUCAAGCUGGUUUUUUCAGUCCCAUGUUCAUAUGCAGCUAUACAGAGCCAGGAAAACAUCCCUAUAAAAAUCAAUAUAUGAAGUGCAGUAUCUGGUGGAAUACCACAGACUGCACUUUAAAACCAUAUGGGAUUUUUUGACAGGCUUCAAGUUAAUAAAAAAUAUUCUUUUUUAAAAUGCACAUCUCAGAAUAAUUCAUUUCUACACUAAUAACUCUUCUGACACAGCACAGUGCCAGAGAGGAUAAAUCCCCCUUCCAAAAUUAUUCACCAUUUCUUAAAUGCAUAUGGUAUGUAGACAGCUUUGGCCAGAGAUCUUUGCACCCACGUCACACAUCCCUACCAGCUACUUGCCAUAUUCUUAAAUCACCCUACUCCUUAUUUUUCAAUGUUGACACCAGCAGCAAUUGUACUUCUGAUGCUUUAUGAGAUAUUCCCUCCAGGUACUGGUUAUUUCUGCAACUCUCUGUUACUCCAAUACCAGCAUUUUUCUGGGCAGUUUACCCUCAUGCAGAUUAUAACAUUUUGUUGUGGGAUACUAUGGUGAUACAGAUUUACUGCUUUAUUUUUGAGACAGGGACAUUCAGAAACCUGGCUAUUUACAUUUCUAAACAUCCUGUAUUGGGUGCUGUUGCUGCUCAGUUAGUGCACUACCAUAUACUGUGUUUCAGUAUUUUACUCAAGAAUUAAGAAAAAAGAAAAAUUCUAUACCUGCUUUUCUGAGAACUGACAGGUAUCAUGUUAAUUCCUCAUCACAUAUCCUAAGCUUAUCUCUCUUCAGCACAGUGCUGACACUUGGUAACUAAAUAACAAUUUUACAGACAGCAAGGAUGGAAAAUGGAGAAGCCACAGAGCCAUCAAUGCUCAAGCCUACUCUCAAACCUGAUUUUCACUUGGUGGUGCAGUGUGAAAUACAGAAACAAAAAAUUAAAAAUGUUUAUUCAAGGUUUUAAGCACAAUGGAGAGAGGAUUAUAAAGUGCAAACCUGUAUUUUUUUCAAUUUCAAACUCAGUUCCUAUUAAGGAAUAAGUACCCUUAAGCACUUCUUUACUGAAUUGCUACUCAGUUCUCUAAUCCUCAUCCCUGUGCUGAAUGAGGAGAAUUUGUUUUCUGUCUGUAUGCAUUGCUCCCUUCUGCUUCCUAAGAUGAAAGUUUACCUGACCCACAAAUGGCAAAGAACAAGUUGAGGAACAAUCAUCAGAAUUUACAAGAUUUUAUUUAGUGGAAGAAAUAAUUCACCAUAAUUAUCUUGGAGGUAUGUUCAAGCAUUGGUUUGCACAAAUAAAACUGGAGAAAACUCUUGA